AUGGACCUUUGGAAAGUUAACAGUCAGAAGGUUGAUGAAGAAGAAAACAACCUUCAAAAAUUUACUGAAAGUGACAUCAAAGAUAAACUCGGAGGCGAAGAGAUGAACCCUCGAUACCUGUUUAGUCCUUCUCAGCAAGGCAUUUCAAAAGUGACUACUAUUUUCGAAGAAUUUCUCAACAGCAAACACGGUGAAUUUCUCAAAAAAUACAUAGAGAAAAAUGAUCCGUUGCCAUCAUACGAAUCACGAAUACAACUUAAAUCAAUUGUACCUGCUUCUUUUACGGGUGGACACCCUACACUCUUAAAGUACAAUCUCCCCAAAAGUAAUGAAAAUCAUGAACCAAUUACCCAGGUUUCAAAUGUUCAGUUUGCAAUUGCAGAAGCCAAGAACAAUUUAUUGAUUUUUUUAGGAACAUCUGGAUGUGGAAAAAUGAGGACUUGUUAUGAAUUACUUUGUGAGAACUGGGGGCUUUAUUUUGUCGCGUCUAGGAAAGAAAAUGGAGAUAUAUUUGGAAAGCUUUAUGAUUAUGAUGAUGAUAUGUUUGUUGCCCUUAUGUGGGAACUCAAUACUUGCACACCAGAGUCUGUAAUUACUUUCAUUGAUAAGACAUAUAAAAAAAUUCCAAAUAAUAACAAAACGUUUGUCAUUAUUCUUGAUAAAACUCAAGUACUCGAAACGGUAUUUAAGGGAAAGUUUAAAUCGCGAACAGGUGAACAGAAAUGCUCACUCUUGUCUCUCAUAAUUCAAGCACUGAGAGAACCAGCAGUAAAAAUAGUUAAUUAUUGUGUCAUUCUGUGUGGUUCUGGACUCGGAAUUCUUUCUCUUGAGGAUGUUCUUAUUACAGGAGUUUCGAAACCAGAUACUGAGAUAUCUAAAUUUACAGAGUUUGGAGGGUGGCAGAAUAUUGAUCAUGUGAAGAACUAUGUUAAUAAUCUUGUGAGUUUGACAGACAAUGAAUAUAACUGUCUUUAUAAACACUUUCGUGGCCGAUUUUGUCCCAUUGUUACCUGUGUAGAAGAGAUUAUUAUGGGUGUUCCAGCUCAAAAUGUUAUUAAUGUACAUUGGAAGCAAAUAUGUAAAGAUGUAGAUGAAGAGAUGUUACAAAUCUCAAGUGUGAAUGUAGAUUUAUUACAUCCUGCAUUAGAAGGAAAGAAAUCUUUAGUCGCCUAUGUUGAUGAACUCUUUGCUCUCACUGCUGGUUUCAACUUCUUUAACGAUAAUGAUAGUCUUCCAAAAGGAAUUUUAAAUACAAUGUCCAUAGCAAAUAAUGAUAGUUCAUGGGGAACAUUGUGGCAAAUGUAUUUACCUGAUGAAUUUGAGCGAAUAUUCAAUGGGCAGAGUGAUAUUAAAAAUAUGCCUGUAUUUGCUGAAGUUACUAAGAAAUAUAAUUUGCCUUAUUUCUGUAAAGGAUCACCAAAAAUUGUCAAAUCCCUGUCUCUUAUACACAUCUAG